CUCACACGCUCCAGGCGGAGGGAAGGAGGGGUAAAAGAAGGAGGAGGCGAGCGGGCGGCCGCCGCAGCUGCAGACCCGGGGCCAGAGGAGGAGGCGGAGCGGGAGCCGCCGCAUACACCCCGGCCGCCGCCGCCCGCCGCCGCCGGCUUGCUGCGAGUCCUCUCCAGGCUUGAGGGCACGCGGGGCGCCUGGCCAUGUCCCGCAGCGGCAGCUGAGCCGGCCGCGGGCCCCCUCCCUCCCCGCCGCCGCGCCCCCGGGCUGCCCGCGGCCAGAGUGCCCUGCGCCUUCCGCGCGCCCCAGACCGCAAGUGCGAGCAGCGGCGGCCGCCGAGGCGCGGGUGGUGCAGGCGGCGGCGGCGGCGGCGGCGGCGGCGGCGGCGGCGGCGGCGGGAGCGCGGGGCCGAAGGAGGCGGGGAAGAUGGACCCGGCGCCCUCGCUGGGCUGCAGCCUCAAGGAUGUGAAGUGGAGCUCCGUGGCCGUUCCGCUGGACCUGCUGGUCAGCACUUACCGACUGCCCCAGAUCGCGCGGCUGGACAGCGGAGAAUGCAUAGAAGGGCUGCGGGAAAAUGACUACCUUCUGAUUCAUUCGUGCCGUCAGUGGACCACCAUCACUGCCCAUAGCUUGGAGGAGGGGCACUAUGUCAUUGGGCCAAAGAUAGAGAUUCCGGUACAUUAUGCAGGGCAAUUCAAGCUGCUGGAACAAGACCGAGAUAUAAAGGAGCCAGUGCAAUAUUUCAACAGUGUGGAGGAGGUGGCUAAAGCAUUUCCUGAACGCGUGUACGUCAUGGAGGAAAUAACAUUCAACGUGAAGGUUGCUUCAGGUGAAUGCAAUGAAGACACCGAAGUUUACAACAUCACCCUUUGUACGGGAGAUGAACUCACUCUCAUGGGCCAGGCAGAAAUCCUUUAUGCAAAGACUUUCAAGGAGAAGUCACGACUCAACACCAUCUUCAAAAAGAUCGGGAAGCUCAAUUCCAUCAGCAAGCUGGGGAAAGGCAAAAUGCCGUGCCUGAUUUGCAUGAAUCACCGGACCAACGAGAGCAUCAGCCUCCCAUUCCAGUGCAAGGGCAGGUUCAGCACCCGAAGCCCUCUGGAGCUUCAGAUGCAGGAGGGCGAGCACACCAUCCGCAACAUUGUGGAGAAAACCAGACUUCCCGUGAACGUGACCGUGCCCAGCCCUCCGCCGAGGAACCCGUAUGACCUCCACUUCAUCCGGGAGGGGCACCGCUACAAGUUUGUGAACAUCCAGACCAAGACAGUGGUGGUUUGCUGUGUGCUGCGGAACAACAAGAUCCUCCCCAUGCACUUCCCUUUGCACUUGACUGUCCCCAAGUUUAGCCUCCCAGAACACCUGGUGAAGGGGGAAGUAUGGCCUGAAACCCUGGUCCAUCACUGGCUGGGUAUCUGCCAAGAACAGUUCGACAUCGAUGAGUAUUCACGGGCGGUCCGCGAUGUGAAGACCGACUGGAAUGAGGACUGUAAGAGCCCCAAGAAGGGCCGGUGCACUGGCCACAACCACGUUCCCAAUUCCCUUAGCUACGCUCGCGAUGAGCUCACCCAGUCCUUCCACCGGCUCUCCGUCUGUGUGUAUGGCAACAAUCUCCAUGGCAACAGUGAGGUGAACCUCCACGGCUGCAGGGACCUGGGGGGAGAGUGGGCCCCCUUUCCUCAUGACAUCCUGCCCUAUCAGGACUCGGGUGAUAGUGGGAGCGACUACCUUUUCCCAGAAGCUAGUGAAGAAUCAGUGGGCAUCACAGGGAAGUCAGAACUUCCUUAUGAAGAGCUGUGGCUGGAAGAAGGCAAGCCCAGCCAUCCGCCUCUCACUCGCUCCCUGAGCGAGAAGAGCAGAUGUGAUCAGUUUCGAGGUUCUGUCCGGUCCAAAUGUGCACCUUCUCCCCUUCCUGUCCCCGGAACUCUGGGAGCAGCAAUGAAGUCUUCAGAGAUUGCCCUACCUCCACCUCCAGUGCCUCCCAAAUCUGAAGCCGUCAGGGAAGAAUGCCGGCUCCUGAACGCCCCGCCUGUCCCGCCCCGCAGCGCAAAGCCUCAGUCCACCAGCCCCUCGGUCCCUCCUCGCACAGCCAAGCCGGCGCGGCAGCAGACUCGCUCUCCCAGCCCCACCUUAUCCUACUAUUCUUCAGGGCUGCACGACAUCAGCAUUACUAAAAGUGACACGAGUCCUCCUGAAAGCGCUCCCGUUUCCUGCUACCCGUGUAACCGAGUGAAAGCAGAUUCCAUGGACCCCAAGUCCCCGUUUGGCAGUCCCAGUGCUGAAGCUCUGUCCUCCAGGCUCUCAUGGCCUAAUCAUUAUUCGGGAGUGUCAGAGACCCAGACCAGGAGCGACUUCCUGCUGGAUCCGAGCAGGAGUUACAGUUACCCCCGACAGAAGACGCCGGGCACGCCCAAGAGAAACUGCCCGGCAGCCUUCGACCUCGACGGCCACGAGCUGGCGGCCAGCCCACCCGGGCCCGGGCCCACGGAGCCCGGCGGUAGUGCCCCGGGGUGUCCCAAGUCGGCCAGCUACUCUCUGGAGAGCACGGGCGGGAAGACCCUGACUGCAGCCCCCACCAAGCAGAGCAUCUCGUGCCCCGCCUUGCCUCCCAGGGCCCCGAGGCCAGUGGAAGAGAAAGCCGCCCUCGACACCCUACCUUUGCCUCUGCAAAUCGAUGGUGCUGAGGAAGACCCCGAGUCUGGGUCGCCGGACCUCUCCGAGGACCCGUACUUUGUUCAGAAGGGCACGCAGGACAUCUUCUCCAUGUCUUACCCCUUCUCGUCACCCCUCCACCUCCAGCUGGCCCCCCGCUCCUGUGGUGACGGGUCCCCGUGGCAGCCACCCGCCGACCUGUCGGGACUCUCCAUAGAGGAAGUGUCCAAGUCCCUGCGGUUCAUAGGGUUGUCCGAGGACGUCAUAGCAUUCUUUGUGACCGAAAAGAUUGACGGAAACUUGCUUGUUCAGCUCACGGAAGAAAUCCUCUCCGAGGAUUUCAAACUGAGCAAACUGCAGGUGAAGAAAAUCCUGCAAUUCAUUAAUGGCUGGAGGCCCAAAAUAUAGCCAAAUAACCCCAGGUAGCAUUGAAAAAAACAGAUAAAUGUGUGUUCUAGAAGGGGAGGGCUGGGACACAGUUUCACAUUUUUUUUGCACUAAAAACUUUCUCUGUAAAUAGGGAUAAGAGAAAACUCUUACUAUGCAGAUUAUGAUUUUGAAUGGUGAACAGGCUAUUUUGUACAUCAAUAAAAAUGCUGUACAGAACACUUAGAGGUGUGCCUUGUACAUCACUCAACACUCAACAGCUGCUAAAAGACAAAAGGCAUGCUCAGAGAAAUAACUGUUACCCAAGUAGGUUUAUGCGAGAAGUUGUGAUAUUUAUUUACAAAAUAGCCAAAGCUGAAAGACAUAAGAAUCUUUAAAAAACAAAAAAAAAACACCUUUGAACAAUUCCCUCCUUUGGGAGAAUCAACUUUAGACAAUUUAUUCUGUGCUCUGUUGUUCGGAUUGCUCAGUGCUAAUUGUUUUACUCUUGUGCCUGAAAAUGUUAGUGAUACGAAAUGACACUGCAGUGUUAUGUGCUUGGUGGGGAUCUUUUUAUCAAGAGGCAUUUUACAAAAGUCAUGUGCUAGUAGAGAGGAUCUAUGAUGUCCUUAGGAAUAAUAAAUCAUGACCACAAUAAUUUAUCUGUAACUGCUGCUAAUUUUACUGAGCAGAGAUAAAGAAGACCAGAAUAUAUACGUAUAUGUAUAUUUACACAAUACAAAUGUAUGUUUUAAACAUCGGUAUGAGUCUGAUCUUUUAGAUAACAUCUGUUCACUUUCAAAUAUCCAUUGAAGUUUGGGGCCGUUAAUUAACUCGACUCUCUUAGGAAAUGGGACAGAAUGAUUCCAAAGAUUCUCAGAACCCUGUCCCUCGAAGCUCAGUCUUAUCAGGCUCCAUCACAGAAAACUUGGAACAAAUCAGUAGAGAGUCUGUAUUGAAGAAUUAAGUUUGAUUUUAAACCUAUUACAGGCUGGGUUUUACAUAGAAUACUCCCAUGCUGAUCAGUGUCUGGGGAAAUGACCAUUUCUGUCGAGUGAUAAUUCUUCUCGGGUUUGAGGGUCUUAUUCUCCUGGUAUGUGGUGAUGAGGGGUCUGGAGAGCAUUUCUCAGAGCGUGUCAGGUGUUCUCAACAUGCUUUGUGCUUUAGGAGAGCUCAGAAAUCAGACAUACCAUCCUCUGCUUUGAUAUGUGCUACAUCUGUUGCAUCAUUUUUUAAAGUAUCAAUAAGAGUACUUGUUUAGUUCAGAAAUCUUCUCUCCUCUCUUCCAAAGAAAAUACAUGAUUACCGUACUUUCAUUCCAACAACCCCAGGACCCAGUCUGACAGUUUUUGCCAAACGUGAAUAAAUACUCCAAAAUAUAAUGGCAUCAACAUAAUUCUUGACUUUUUGAAGGAAUAUAAAUCUUAGAAAAGUUUUUGUUCUCCGAGCAGCAUAUCGUCCCUAGCCCUGUCUCCCCAAGAGUCUGUCCCCACAUUCGAGAUGGGCAGACAGCCACCCAGGUGUCAGUGUGACUUGCAGGACUGGCUUGUAUGUUAUUAUCCACUCUUCUUGCUCAUCAGAAUAAAUACACAAAUGGAAAGACAAGACCCACCAGUCUAGUUUUGCAGACCUGUUCAACAUAUGGCUUCAUUUCUGGGCAUUCAAGAUAUUUUUAAUCCAUCUCAUUGUUUAGAAUUGGGGUGAAUUGAUACCUUUUCUCAUUUUCCAUCUUAAAUCUCUUUUUUUUAAAAAAAGCAUUUUCCCCCCAACAUGUCUCCCAAAAUGCAAAUACUCUAGGUUAAAAGUGCCCCAUAAAAGAGUACCCUGUAGAAUCUAUCAAACUGUAGCACCUCUUCAAAAGUAACUGACAAGUUUAUAUAGAAGUUUCUAGUACUGCACUCAGAUGACAUGCAGCGCCUCCAUGACUUUCAUGUUGAGAAAGCAUCCUUCUGUGUGAGGGGCAACUCCCUAGGUAAAGCUAACCUCUCAGAACUUUCCUUUAAAAUAAAAACAAAGGAUGAUGUUGAAACGUUGCAAGUUUUCUUUGGCAAAACCCUGCUGAAUCCAUCCGUGAAUCCUUAGUGCUUGUAUGCUUUUCUCAGUUCAAGAGGGAGGAAUGAGUGGGUUUGAGUUUACUAUGACAGUUGCCCCACAUAAACAACUGAUUCCUUUUAUCUUUUUUUCUUUUUGUUUGUUUUUUUUUUCUUUUGCAAAACCUCGACACAAAGUCCUUUUUGUUUUUUGUCUUGGCAUAUGUACGUUGAGUUUAUAUCGAUGGCAACAUAGAGACUCCUUGAGGGCAGGGACUAUGGCCUUUCAUUCACAUACUCAAAAUUCACAGCCUCAUCUGUGUGCCGGGCACUAUGCUAGUAUGACUUGACAGGCUGAUAAAAAGACAGUUCCUGCCCUCUUGGAACUCAUAAGGUUUAUGUUUAAAACCACAGUUGUUGAGACUGGGUAUGUGCAAGAGAGACAUGAGCUCUCCUGGCAGUUGGAUGGAUGGAGAGUUAAGUGUGCCCUGUCCCUCAAGAACCCACAGAAGGAAGAAAUGGCAGCCUCUAUCAACAGGGUAUAAAAGAAAAACUACAAGACCAUUGAAACUCGGAAAGCAUUGGAGGCAGCAAGUAUCUCUGACUCCCACUGACUAGUGUUCUUUUCUACUGAUUGGACUUUUUUUUUUUUAAAUUGGUAGUAAGUAUCUUCUGGUAUCUGUAAAGCCACAUGGCGCCCUUACUAGACAAGGCACGCAUAGCCAGAGAGAAUCAAGACAAGGAAUGCAGAACAGGGGUAGGAAGGAAACAGCCCUUCCCUUCUGAGCUGCGAUUUUUGCAGUGAAAAGCAGUGUACAGAGAUCCCCACAUGCAGAACCUUUUCUAACCAACCAGGUCAAGACUGAGGACAUCUUCUGGCAGGUUCCCUGCAAUCUGUGCACUGACCCCUGUGCUUGGGGAGAGUGUCCAAACGGCACUCUUUCUUGGAUUCCUUAAAUGCAUGGCCAAAACCAUCGUGACCCCCUUAAGAAAUACAGCAAUAAACCAAACCAAGCAGCUAAAAUGUAAAACGUGGGCCUGAUUCAUGUUGGGACGGAGCACUGAAACACAGAUCAAUUCUUUCUCAGAAUCGCAUCAACGCCUGCACGUUCUCUCUCUUUUAAGUUGAGCUGCUCAACUUUAUGAGCUGUGAAAUUUACAUUUAGACCCUUUCAACCCACAUAGAACAUUCACAUUUAUGGAGUUGCAGCGAGCUGCCCACUCGGCUAAAUUGCAGUGUUUAUUCUUGUUUCACGUAGAAAUAAAACAAUCUUACAGGGAAAUAUUAUGACUGUCCAUUCCAACUGUUUUCAGACGUGGGUAAAUACCCUCUGCCGACAUUCCAGAAGCACCUGCACACCGUGCACACGACUCCUCGAGAAGUUCAGGGGGUGGGGGUGGAUGAAUAGAGGGCUCUUCAUUUUCCAAACACACUGUAUCACAAAUCACUACUCAUCAUGCCUAAAGAGUAUGAGCUUAACAUUUGGAAUAACAAACUGAAAAAAAACACAGUUCUCCAAAGACCACUGUGAACGAUUGAAAGAAAAUUUCAACUUCAGUCCAUCAGAAAAGUGAAAUCUGCUGUUGGACACACAAGACUUUCAGAAACUAUGACCAUUAAUCCCAAUUUUCUAGGAAUACAAUGGCACCAGGCUGCUAGGGCAAGAAAAGUAAGAUGCCCAGAGUGCAAAUGAUGGAAAGUAGGAUUUUUAUACUGUGGGACUGUAAUAGUGUGGAAUUCUUAUGACCACUUCUUGUCCAAUCACAUCGUUUAGUCUUCAGAACUUGGUGUUUUAAAAUUUGUCUCAUUGUGAAAGCUAGAAACAAAGGGUAAACGUGAUUUCUGUUAAAAGUAUAUACAAAUAUCUUCUGUAAUUUUGCUGCUCUAAUUUUUAGGCUAUGAGUUUUGUAAUGAGCUUAUCAGAUGAUGAAUUUCCUUUGUUUACAAUCUCAUGUAGUAGGGCUCAGAUCAUUUCUUAGCUAUAAACCUCUUCUCCCAUUUUCAUAUUAAGCUCCAUUUAAAAUAUUGCUUAAGCUAAGCCUAAAAGUUGAAUUCAAUUAGUCAAAAAUUGGGGAGUUUUCCUUGACUUAAAUGAAAAUGGUAUAUUCUUUUCAAAGACUUUUGUAACCAUCUUUACAGUUACUUUGCUUGGAAAAGUGGGGUUGUUAACUACCAGUUAACAGUUGCAUUAUUUCCAGAGCAUUGUCUAUGGGCCCAAUGUGUACCUCAAGAUAAACAUGGUAUGUUUUGUCUAAAAAAAUUCGUUGUUGAUUUAAAUGGUUCUGAAAUGUCUAUAAAUAAAGAAAUUUUAAAAGUU